AAUGAGGAACGGCAUCAUGGAGAUAUCUGCAGCACUACUAUUACUGGUGUUAUUAACUUCUCUGACAAACACUGGAAUUGGAAUCGAACCAUCGCCACACAUCAUGAAUUCUAUAAAGUACAAGAUACCUGAAAAACAGCCUUAUCGAACUUCUUAUCACUUUCAGCCCCCACAUAAUUGGAUGAACGAUCCAAAUGGACCAAUGUACUACAAAGGAGUUUACCAUCUUUUUUACCAACAUAACCCUUAUGCAGCGACCUUUGGCGAUAGUAUAGUAUGGGCUCACUCUGUAUCCUAUGAUCUCAUCAAUUGGAUUCAUCUGAACAUAGCUAUUGAACCAAGUGAGCCAUAUGACAUUAAUAGCUGCUGGUCUGGCUCGGCCACAAUCCUUCCAGAUGAUAAGCCUGUUAUCAUGUAUACUGGGAUUGCUAAAAACAAUUAUCAAGUUCAGAACUUGGCUAUGCCAAAGAAUCUAUCAGAUCCUUUCUUAAGGGAAUGGGUCAAACACACUCAAAACGCCAUUAUAACUCCACCUAGUGGAGUUGAAGUGGACAAUUUCAGAGACCCAUCAACUGCUUGGCAGGGAAGGGAUGGAAAAUGGAGGGUACUCAUUUGUGCUCAAAAGGGUGAUGAAGGGAAAGCGAUUCUUUACCGAAGUGAGGAUUUUGUUAAUUGGAAGGUAGAUCCUAAUCCAUUUUAUGCAUCAGAUGGUACUGGGGUAUGCGAAUGCCCAGAUUUCUUUCCUGUGUCCACCAAUGGCACAACUGGGGUCGAUACAUCUGUCCAAAAUUCAAGUGUUAGACAUGUCAUGAAGAUAGGGUACUUAAGAAGACAGCAUGACUACUAUUUUCUGGGUACAUAUUUCCCUGAUCAGGAAAAAUUUAUUGCUGAUACUGAAUUUAUUGGAACUAGUUUGGACUUAAGGUACGACUAUGGUAAAUUUUAUGCUUCCAAGACAUUUUUUGACUAUGCCAAGAACAGGAGGAUAUUGUGGGGCUGGGUAAACGAAUCUGACACUGCACAAGAUGAUAUUAUGAAAGGAUGGGCUGGUUUACAGGCCAUUCCGAGACAAGUUUGGCUUGAUAAUAAAACUGGAAAGCGAUUGAUACAGUGGCCAAUUGAAGAAGUAGAAAAACUGCGUGGCAAGAAAAAAAGUAUUAACGGAGAGAAACUUGUGAGUGGAUCAAUUCUUGAAGUUUCAGGUAUCACUGCUUCACAGGCUGAUGUAGAAGUAGUGUUUGAGCUAACCGAAGUAGAAAGUGCCGAGUCAUUAGAUGCUACUGAGGUUGAUCCCCAACUACUCUGUAGUGAAGAGUAUGCAUCAAGAAGUGGCAUAAUAGGGCCAUUUGGUUUAUCAGCUUUGGCUUCAGACGACCUAAGAGAGCAGACUGCAGUGUUCUUUCGAAUAUAUAAAGUUCCCAACAAAUAUAUAGGCCUAAUGUGCAGUGACCAGAGCAGGUCUUCAUUGCGGAAGGACCUUGAUAAAACGACAUAUGGAACUUUCUUUGACUUUGAUCCCAACAUCAAAAGGAUUUCACUCAGAAGCUUGAUUGACCACUCCAUUAUUGAGAGUUUUGGGGAGGGAGGGAGAGUUUGUAUCACCAGCAGAGUUUAUCCCUCGUUAGCUGUUGGCAAAGACGCCCAUCUAUUUGUGUUUAACAAUGGGACCCGAAGUGUAGUGAUCUCGAAACUGAAUGCUUGGUGCAUGAAGAAAGCGGAGAUUGGCCAUAACAAAGCUAUAAGUUAUGGCCUGUAGCUGAACAGGAUUAAGAAAUUAUGAACAGCAGUUGCAUCGUGGGGCAUAAUUAUGUUAAUUAUGUUCAAGUUCUUUGACAUCUGAGUAAUAGAAAAGAGUUAAUUAUGUUAAAGGGCCUAAUGCCCUUUGUUAACUAGACAGAAUAUAUGCAAGUAGA